AUGAGCGUAAGUGAGGAUGAGCCCAAAGACUUGAUAAAAUUGAAGCACGAGAAGCUCUCGGCAGAUGAAAUAUCAGCACUGGUGGUUUCCCCCUGCUGUGGAGCUGUGUCUUUAUUUAUAGGCACUACCAGGAAUAACUUUGAGGGGAGAAAGGUCAUACACUUAGAAUAUGAAGCAUAUGAACCGAUGGCAGAAGCGGAAAUCAAGAAAAUAUGCACAGAUAUUAGAUUAAAAUGGCCUUCAGUGAAACACAUAGCUAUACACCAUAGACUUGGUUCGGUUCCCAUUAGUGAAGCGAGUGUGAUGGUCGCAAUCUCUUCGCCUCACAGAGCGGAGUCUCUUGAGGCUGUGCAAUAUGGCAUCAAUGCUUUGAAAGCAACCGUCCCUAUAUGGAAAAAGGAGGUCUAUGAAGAGGAAUCCUCUUGGAAAGAAAACAAGGAGUGCUUUUGGGCCAAGACACUGAAAUAAAGCUCUGCCGACAAGACUACCCAACUGUGCUUAAAUAAUACAGCAUGGCUGCAAGGAUAAGAUCAGAAGCUUCUGUUUCAGAUUAAAACUCUUUCACAUGACAACUGGACCCUAAGCCACUUUCUGUCAUUUGAGUAAGGCAGCUUCAUAGCCUACACAGUCAAUUUUUUUUAAAAAAAAGAUUGUCAAACAUUUAAUUGGAAAUACACUAAUGGUUGUGGAAUAUAUAUAUUUUUAUUCUAGUGAUUUCUUCUAGGGGUCAAAGGUAUGUAAACAUAAAAGUUACUAUCCCCAUGGAGUUGUUCACACUUAGCAAAUUCUUAUUUCAAACCUGCUCAUUAAAGCGGAUUUGUUCUGGGU